AUGGCUGAAAAAUUAGGGCGCUUGGAACUUGAUUCAAAGUUUAAGGACAAGGGAGAAUUUGAGCAAACUGAACAAGCUUUGUUUGAUCUAGAUGGUAGAUUUAGACAAGCAAAUGACACAAUUAAAGAGAAGGAAUACUUGAUUUUCAAUCUCCUUGGAUCUGAGAAAGCACUUACUGAACGAGCAUUUGAGCUACAAGCCGAACUGGAGAAUGCAGCAUCAGAGAUGUCCAUCUUGUUCACCAAAAUUGAACACAAGAAUAAUAUGGAGGAUCGGAACAGAAUUCUAAUCCAGAACUUUCACUCUGGAUUGGCUCAGCAGCUUGAAGUUUUGAAUGAAGCUGUUGUAGCUUCUGUAACACAACAAGAGCAGCAACUGAAAGUCAUUGAACAAAAUACACUAUCUUUCUUACCUGCAAAGGCCGGGGCUACUGCAGAGCUUCAAACGCAGCUUAGAAAGCUACAAGAACUUUAUGGUUCUGGUAUCAAAACUUUGGAUGAUGUAGCCGGAGAACUUGAUCAGAAUUCCCUAUUAACUUGUCAUAAUCUGAAAUCUGAAGUAUCAAAGAAUUCUUCUUGCCUUGGAGAUCUUAUCAGAGAAAUUUCUUUGGAGGCCAAAGCUAUACUCAAUGAUCUACAAAUUAACCUAACUAAUCAAGGGGAAAGGGUAGCCGCAUUUGCACAACAGCAGCAUGAGGGAGAAUUUGAGCAAACUGAACAAGCUUUGUUUGAUCUAGAUGGUAGAUUUAGACAAGCAAAUGACACAAUUAAAGAGAAGGAAUACUUGAUUUUCAAUCUCCUUGGAUCUGAGGUCUUUGCUACUGCAGAGCUUCAAACGCAGCUUAGAAAGCUACAAGAACUUUAUGGUUCUGGUAUCAAAACUUUGGAUGAUGUAGCCGGAGAACUUGAUCAGAAUUCCCUAUUAACUUGUCAUAAUCUGAAAUCUGAAGUAUCAAAGAAUUCUUCUUGCCUUGGAGAUCUUAUCAGAGAAAUUUCUUUGGAGGCCAAAGCUAUACUCAAUGAUCUACAAAUUAACCUAACUAAUCAAGGGGAAAGGGUAGCCGCAUUUGCACAACAGCAGCAUGAGAGUUGCUCCAGAACUUAUCAAGCAACUCAAUCAAUUUCUAGGCUUACUGUGAACUUUUUCAAGACUUUAAGCAUGCAUGUCUCAAAAUUGACUCUAGUGGUGGCAGAAGAGGAAACAAUUGAGGAUCAGAAACUAUGUGCACUUGAGAAGAAGUUUGAGGAGUACACUGCUAAUGAAGAAAGGCAAAUAUUAGACAAAGUUGCAGAGCUGUUAGCAAGUUCGAAUGCUAGGAUGAAAAAUAUGGCAACAGUAGAUGACCUUCGAGAGUGUACUUCCAGUAGAACCAGCAAGCUCCAUCAGGAAAUGUCAAACAUGCAAGAUUUGACUUCUUCCGCCAAAGGAGAAUGGACAAGUUACCUGGGAAAAACAGAAACCCAAUACAUCGAAGAUACUACUUCAGUUGUUAAUGGGAAGGAUGGUUUGGAAGAAGGCCUCAGACAAUGUAUGACAAAGGCAAGAUUAAUUGCCGAACAAUGGAGGAAGGCUCAAGAUUCCGCUCUUAGUUUACAAAGAAGAAAUAUUGACUCUGUGGAUACCAUUGUCCAGAAUGGAGUGGAAGGCAAUCAAAAAAUCAAAGCUCAAUUUUCUGCUGUUGUCUCGUCAACACUGGGAGAAUCAGAUUUUGCAAACAUCAAUUUACUUUCUUCCGUUGAAGAUUUACUGAGACUUGACCAAUAUGCAUUUGAGAAAAUCAAUUCCCUGAUUGGUCCUUCUUGUGAGGCUAUGAAAGAAGCAGAAAUUUCUCACUUCCACAUAGUUUCUGAGAUCAUGGUGAACGCAGGGAAAUGCUUGAUGAAUGACUACAUGGUGGAUGGGCCCUCAUGUUCAACACCAAGGAAGAGAGCAUUCAAUAUACCUACCAUGGCGUGCAUUGAAGACCUCAGAACUCCUGCAUUUGAGGGCCUGCUGAAAUCAUUCAGGGAAGCAGGAUUAGGAAGGCAAGCCAAUGGGAAGGUUCAAACAGCAGUAGAUGACCUUCGAGAGUGUACUUCCAGUAGAACCAGCAAGCUCCAUCAGGAAAUGUCAAACAUGCAAGAUUUGACUUCUUCCGCCAAAGGAGAAUGGACAAGUUACCUGGGAAAAACAGAAACCCAAUACAUCGAAGAUACUACUUCAGUUGUUAAUGGGAAGGAUGGUUUGGAAGAAGGCCUCAGACAAUGUAUGACAAAGGCAAGAUUAAUUGCCGAACAAUGGAGGAAGGCUCAAGAUUCCGCUCUUAGUUUACAAAGAAGAAAUAUUGACUCUGUGGAUACCAUUGUCCAGAAUGGAGUGGAAGGCAAUCAAAAAAUCAAAGCUCAAUUUUCUGCUGUUGUCUCGUCAACACUGGGAGAAUCAGAUGUUGCAAACAUCAAUUUACUUUCUUCCGUUGAAGAUUUACUGAGACUUGACCAAUAUGCAUUUGAGAAAAUCAAUUCCCUGAUUGGUCCUUCUUGUGAGGCUAUGAAAGAAGCAGAAAUUUCUCACUUCCACAUAGUUUCUGAGAUCAUGGUGAACGCAGGGAAAUGCUUGAUGAAUGACUACAUGGUGGAUGGGCCCUCAUGUUCAACACCAAGGAAGAGAGCAUUCAAUAUACCUACCAUGGCGUGCAUUGAAGACCUCAGAACUCCUGCAUUUGAGGGCCUGCUGAAAUCAUUCAGGGAAGCAGGAUUAGGAAGGCAAGCCAAUGGGAAGGUAAAUAAUCAUCAGGAGUGUAUGCAUCCAUUCAGUCCUUCGGCUCCGGAAAUUCUCUCAGGGCAGUUAAGGGAGGAGUUAGAACAACAAAACCUACAAUAA